AUGGAGCUACUUGAUUUACAAAUAUUAGACGAUUUUAAUAAGGCAAACGAGAAGGCAGAGAAGACAGUUGAGGAAUUGUUUAAAGAGGAAAUUGAAAGGACUGAGAGAGUGACUGAGAGGUUUUAUAAGAGUUUGGAUGAACUUAUGGAUUGAAAAGAGUAUAUUGAAAAUAAGGAACUUGUUGGUGCUGGUUUUGAGGAAAUUAGAAUCAUUGUGGAUGAACAAUUUGGUGCAAUUCAAAAUAUUAAAAAGAACUUUUAUAACUCACAAGAGGAAACCAAAGAGCAAGAAGCUCAUGAUUACAACAUCUCAGCUAUCGGCCAAAUGCUUUACUUAAUGAAUGGAGUACUUGCAUUGCUAGCCAACGCAAUGGAUUUAUUUAUGAAUCAAAAGAAAGAAGGGGCUGGAAGUGAUGAAAAUCUAGUAGCUAUUUCUGAAAGCCCUUCAGAUAGUCCAGGACAGACCCUAGACAAGGAUGAAGCCCUUGUGGACAUCAUGUACCUAUCAGCCCUGGUGAAAUAUUCCCCUGAAUUAUUCACUAUGGCUCUAGAGAGUUCAAAUUAUGAUUUCCUCUGUGAUAGGACCCUUCCUGAAUGGAAAGAGAUCCGCAAAAUUCAUAAAAUAGUCAACUUUGACAAAAGUGACAAAUUUGGCAAAGAAACGGUCAGAGAAUCCAACCAAGCCUUUAUUGGCUGGCUUUUGUAUGUGAAGGCUACUCUCAGUCAGCAAAAUACCUCAUCUAAUAAGCUUUCCAAGUUUUUUAAAACAAUGACUUACGGGACUUUUUAUAUGUUCAGUGUCGAAAAAUGAAGGAAGCAGUGAAAACUCAGCCUCUCUAAAGAUACAGUUGAAGAAGCAAGACAGAUCUUGAACUUAUUGGAUGACAAAUAUGUAUCUUUUGCGACUAAAAUCUCUCAUAAAUCUAUCAAAUUUCAUAAAUUAUUGUUCGUGCCAAAGACUGAGAAUGACUUUGAGUCGAUCCUACAAGCCUCUGAAGGAGACAUGCCUAGUUAUAGUGAGUACUGCUCCCAAGAUAAUAGGCAGAUCCCUGUAGAUGAUUGUGAUCCAGAACAGACUAAAUUCCAUAUGGACAUUGAUAAUUUUGAUCCUGAGACUCAUGUCCAGGUCAGGCUGUUGUGAAACUGUGAACUUCCUUAUAAUUUUGAGAAGAAACAAGUAAUGAAGGUUUCAGAUUUUCAGACUUCCUCUUUUCAAAAAUCAUUUGCAUGACUCUCAUGAAUUGGGUCUAGAGAGCCGUAUAAUAAUUUUCCUGAGGUUGAUGAAAUUGUUGUACAUAUCCAUGGUGGAGGAUUUGUUGGAAUGAGCUCAAAUGGGUAUCAAAAUAUCACAAGAAAGUGGGCAAGCAGGAUCAACAUACCUAUAUUCUCCAUCGAUUAUGGAUGUGCUCCUGAACAUCCAUAUCCCAAAGGACUUGAAGAUUGUUGGCAAGCCUAUAGAUGGAUAGUAUUGCAUAGCAAAACUCAUCUUGGGAUAUCUCCCAACAAAAUUAUCUUAGUGGGUGACUCCGCAGGAGGCAACUUCUGCUGAGGUGUGACUAUUCUAGCCAUACAGAAUAACUUUAGAGUACCUGACUGACUUAUUCUGCCCUAUCCUGCAGUGGACCUCUCUGUUAAGAGGUUCUAUCCUUCUUAUAUUUAUGGAAUCAAUGAUUUUAUGCUGAACUUGAUCAUGCUGAAAAUUUAUCAAGGAGCUUACUUGACAGAAGAAAUUGAUGGAGAGAAUAAUCCUCUGCUUAGUCCUAUUCAGGCCUCUGACAAUGUUCUUGAGAGAUUCCCCAAGGUUAGGAUCUUAGUUGGGUCCUGAGACCCUCUUCGAGACCAAUCUUUUAGGUUUGUGGAUAGACUCUUAAAAGUAUCAGGAAAUGUGAAAAUAGUUGAGUAUGUAAACUACCCUCAUGCAUUCUUAAACUUUCAAUCUCCUGUCUGAUCCCUUAAAGGAUCUGGAAUCGCUAACAAGCAGAUUUGCACUUGGAUUGAAGAUGCCAUAUUGGCAAACAGGAUUGAUAAAAGAAAGGGUCGGGAAAAGACUAAAUUUUAAGUUUCAGUCACCUCCA